CUUAGCCCAAGGGCACCAGUAUCUACCCCUCCUAGGGCCGAGAAGAACCGGACCGGAAUAGGCCCGGAUCCACCCCUGCUCCGGAGUUUGCAGGCUUUUGUCUUCGGCAUCUGUGGCAAGCUUUGCCAGGCGAUGGCAUCGCCACGUGUCAUUCUUUCUUCGUGCACAUAAUCCCUCUCUUCCGCCAACCUCGCUGCACGCCCCUUCUCCCUCUCUCAACAUCUUCUGAUCCAUAAUAAUCAUCGUAAUAAUCAUCAUUUUCUUUGCAACCGCUUUGUAUGCUCUCACUUUCCGGCCAGACGGCGACGGCGAAACCUAGAAAAUUAUCCGGCGUUCAAUGCGGCGUCAUCUCUGCAAUCAUGCACCUUGCGGUAAUUUUUGAUUUUCUUCAUUUGGAUUGCGAUGAUGGCUGGCUCUCUUCUUAGGUCAAAUUUCGUUUGAGUUUUAUAAAGCAAUGCCUAGAGAAUCUGGAUGGUUAGAGAGGGGGAACCCGCCCGGGAUUUCUCUGAUAAGAAGAAUCAGGGGAAAAGAUUGGAGCUUUAAGACGUAUAGAUAUGUAGUUUUGUUUGUUACAUUUGUAGCCUAUACUUCGUAUCAUGCUUCGCGGAAGCCCAGUAGCAUAGUUAAGAGUGUUUUGGACCCGCAGUCGAAUGCCAAUGUCACCUCGCUAUCUGGUUUGUGGCCGAUGGGUGAUCUUUUUGUUAGGAGGGAAUUUGUUGAUGGAUUGGAAAAAUCAAAGGGAAAAGGGUGGGAACCCUUUAAUGGGAAGGAUGGGACAAAAAAGUUGGGGGAGAUUGAUGUUGCUUUUCUCGCUUGUUAUUCGAUGGGAAUGUAUGUGGCAGGACAUUUAGGAGAUUCCUUGGACCUUCGGUUGUUCCUGACAUCUGGGAUGAUUGGGAGUGGCAUUUUCGUUGGCCUUUCCGGCAUGGGGUACUUUUGGAACAUCCAUGAAUUUUGGUUUUAUUUGGCUAUGCAAAUGAUUGCUGGGUUGUUCCAGGCCACAGGGUGGCCUUCAGUUGUGGCUGUUAUUGGGAAUUGGUUUGACAAGAGGAAGAGGGGUUUAAUCAUGGGCGUGUGGAAUGCUCAUACAUCUGUGGGGAAUAUCAGCGGAUCUCUUCUUGCAGCUAGUGUUUUAUACUAUGGAUGGGGCUGGUCUUUUAUUCUUCCGGGAGCUUUUAUAUUUCUGGCAGGGAUUAUGGUAUACUUCUUCUUGCCCGCUUAUCCAGAAGAUGUUGGAUUUCCUUGCCCAAAUGGUGUUGUGACAGCAAACAGUGACGAAGAAGAUCAGACAGGGAAUGAAAGUACAGUAGGAGAUGAAAGUUUGGCUCGAUAUAGUUCUGUAGAGAGGAGAAGUAUUGGCCUUCUUGGUGCUAGUACUAUACCUGGAGUAAUUCCGUUUGCUCUAUGCCUUUUUUUCUCAAAAUUGGUGGCAUACACCUUUUUGUACUGGUUGCCAUUUUAUCUCAGCCAAACUGCCAUAGGAGGAGAGUAUGUGUCAGUUAAGUCUGCGGGAAAUCUGUCAACUCUUUUUGAUGUUGGGGGCAUCAUUGGAGGAAUUCUAGCUGGCUUAUUGUCUGACUGGUUUGAUGCCCGUGCAACGACAGCAGCCACCUUCAUGUACGCAGCAAUCCCCGCGAUGCUUUUGUAUCGCACAUUUGGAGGUGUAUCUAAGACCCUUAACAUUCUCCUCAUGUUUUUGGCGGGCUUGUUCGUGAAUGGACCCUAUGCGCUUAUUACCACUGCAGUAUCUGCAGAUCUUGGUACACACAGAUCUCUGAGGGGAGAUUCUCGAGCACUUGCCACUGUAACUGCAAUAAUUGAUGGGACUGGCUCUCUUGGGGCAGCCCUUGGCCCUCUUCUGACAGGGUUCCUCUCAACCAAAGGGUGGGAUGCUGUUUUUAUAAUGCUUACAGUAGGGGCUCUGUGUGCUGCACUUCUAUUGUCUAAUUUGGUUGCUGCGGAACUCCGAGGGAAGUUUCCUAAACAACGCCCUGUCAGGAUACAUGGUUCUGCAGGUUCAUCAUCUGAACCACUUUUGCACAAUGAUAGAUAGUCGUUUCAGGAUGGGUCUUAUUUAUGGCAUCAAAGCAAAGCCGGAUGUUUCUCCAAUGACUCCAAGAGUGUGAAACUCAAAUGUGUUUGGAGACUUUUUGGCCCUCUUCAGACUUGUUAAUUUUCUCGUCAAUUUUUGUAAUGUACGGAGUACAUAUAGUCUCUACGUCUCUUGUUUAUUUAUGGCUCUACAUGAAGUGGAUGAUGUACAUGGCUUUGUAAAAUGUCUUAGGCUCAAUGAUUUUUCU